AGGAAGUUGUGAAUUUCCCCAAUUCAACGUCUGACUAGGGAAACGGAGAGGGCGUGUAGAGGCUACAGAUAGAUUUGCCUCUAACUCCAUGUAGUUACAAUGGAAUGAUUUCCGUUCUGUGGAGCCCGAGGCCCUAUAAGCCUACAGGAUUGUUGCGUGAUUUACUUUGAGCAAUUAACUCAUAACAUUCUCUCACACUUGGAGGGGCAUUGUCACCAUACUUGAGCCCGAAAUUCUAUUCAUAUCUACAGGGCGAUAUCAUGUUUGAAUGAUUAGUUUUGAACAGGUUAAAGAACCGAAUAACGUGGUUAGUUAAGCUCAUCGGAAUCGAAGGAUCACUUGUUUGAGAAACAUAGCUGGAGAGCUAAGGAAGUUAAGUUGGAUCAUUAUUUAGGAUAUAGCUCCACACCCUACACGCUCUCCCGAAACAAUAUUCGAAAGGGGUAAAGAUCGAAUCAACGAUGCAUCGGUGACUUUAUAUCCAACGAUCGAUUACCUCUUACACGCACCCUAUUCCGAGAGAGUCGAGCUCGCGUCAUCGGAUAAUUCGCAAUAAACUGCGAUUUGUGCUAUUUGUUUGUGCUGCGUAGAUUUACAUUGAAUGGAUGUUAUUAAUACUGUAAACUGCCAUCCUGUAAACACUUCUUUAAGAAAAUUGGAAAACUUCGAAUCGGAAACCCAGGCCAUUGUUCGUCAUCAGGAGCGGAACGGGGUAUAGUAUUUACUAUCGGCACCCUAUGCAAGGUCAGUUCUCAUUUCUCGAAGAUCGUCCACAAGCACAACCACCAGCACAGCGGCAUGGGCAACCGGGAGUCCGGGGAGAUGGGCGACGGCAUUGACCACGCCGGAGCCUCGACGAUCACCGUCAAUUCGUCAUCGUCUAAGGUCAUGAAGGAUAAGAUGAGGAAGAACAAGAAGGCGACGCCAAAGAAGAAGGACCAUGUCCAAGACGACCACGGGUUCCAUGACAACGGCAUGGGAGGCGGGGCGAUGGGAUCGGGGAUCGAUACGGGAGGGGGGAUAUCGCCUUCGAUAUCGUUUAAACAUGCUGCAGGGGAACGAUAUAAAGCACUGUACGACUAUGAGGCAAGAACAGCUGACGAUCUUACUUUCAGAAAGGGAGAAAUACUUAUCAUCACAAAUAAAAGCGAUCCCAAUUGGUGGUUAGCUUCUUCAGUUGUAUCUAAACGUGAGGGUUACGUGCCAAGAAAUUAUAUCGAACCAGCAGACUUAUUACAAUCAGAAGAUUGGUUCUUUGAGAAGAUGACAAGAAAAGAUGCAGAAAAACAACUCCAACUCACCAGCAACUCUAGAGGAACGUUUCUUGUUCGUGGUAGCGAAACAAGUCCAGGCGCUUAUUCACUCUCUGUGCUUGACCAUGACGACACACGAGGCUACAACGUAAAGCACUAUCGAAUAAGAACCCUGGACAAUGGAGGCUACUACAUCAGCACACGAAUAACAUUCAAGACACUCAGGGAUCUAGUUGAACAUUAUCAAUCACAAGCCGAUGGUUUAGUAUGCAGACUAAUGACUGCCUGCCCAAGACAGAAGCCAGAUAUGUUUGAGAUUAGUAAAGAUGUUUGGGAGAUACCUAGAAGAUCAAUUAAGCUGGUUAGGAGAUUAGGAAAUGGCCAGUUUGGUGAAGUAUGGGAAGGUGUGUGGAACGACACAGUGAAUGUUGCCGUAAAAACGUUGAAAGAGGGCGCCAUGGACCCUACCGCUUUCCUGCAAGAGGCCAAUAUCAUGAAGAAACUCAGACAUCCAAAGCUUGUUGCUUUACUAGCCAUCUGCUCAGAAGGGGUCCAAGAACCGAUUUAUAUCGUGACUGAAUUGAUGACACAUGGUUGUUUACUUCAGUAUCUUCAUGACGGCGAGGGUAGACACCUCAAAGAACCCGAACUCAUCGAUAUCACUGCUCAGGUAUCGGAUGGUAUGGCAUACCUAGAAUCACAACGAUUCGUUCAUAGAGAUCUGGCUGCUAGGAACAUCUUAGUUGGUGAACAUAGGAACUGUAAGGUAGCAGACUUUGGUCUGUCAAGAAUCAUUGAAGAUGAAUACAUCGCAAGAGAAGGUGCUAAGAUGCCAAUCAAGUGGACUGCACCAGAAGCAAUUAACUUUGGAAAGUUUACCAUCAAAUCUGACGUGUGGUCAUUUGGUAUACUCAUCUACGAGGUUAUUACAAAAGGCCGAGUUCCUUAUCCAGGCAUGGUCAAUCGCGAGGUAUUGGACCAGGUUUCACGAGGCUAUCGCAUGCCCAAACCAGUGGAAUGCCCGGACCAACUCUACGACAUCAUGCGGCAAUGCUGGGACGCUCAACCGGAGAAGCGACCCACCUUUGAUUUCCUCCAUUCGUUCCUGGAUGACUUCUACCAUGCUUCAGAAAUCCAGUAUCAGUGAUCGAAAAAGCUGUGAAUUCAUCGAUUUUAUUUGAUGAAAUUGACAUGGAUUAGAAAAAGUAGGGCCUAUUGGACAUUCUGAUAUGUCACUACCAUUCAUCCCCAAUCGCAACAGGUCGAAUAGGCCUCGGUGCCUCGUAUUGCUAGCACGGCCGUUCGCAUAGGAAUUUGCUGUAAAAUGUCCAUGAAUACACACAAGCGAGCGAGUAAAGCUAACGAGGAGAUUUCGAGGGCGUUUUUCUUUUGUAUUUUUUUUAUUCAAAUGGUAGGAUCAUGUAAAAUUUUGCAAGAAUAUGUGAUUUAAAAAAAAUGUUUUGAAAAUGUAUCGGUGGAGAGGCAAUAUUUAUGUGAAAAAACCUAUUACAAAAAAUUAUUAUUAUUAUAAAUAUAAAAAAAAUAUAAUAUUAAAAACCUGGCCAAGCGCAAAUCACAAGGCCAUUUUAUAAUACAUGACUGCCACAGGUCAAAUAAGGGAAACGUUGAUAGAUUUUUCAUGUAAUCACAGUGGAAUUUAGUAUUCUCCUUUUAUUUUAUUACGAUUUCGAAGAUCUGGGAUGAUUUAUGUAACGUCAAUUAUAGUGUGAGAUCAACAUUUGGUUAAUCUAGUUUUGUUUCUUAAUAUUUCAUAUUCAAUAUGGAGUUUCAUUUAGGUAAUAUCUCCGAUGGUUAAACAAGUAAAGAGGGAAUGCACUUCCCUGGUUAAACUAUAUUGGACUAUUCUUUAAAAUAUUGCAAACUUGAUGUGCCUUUAUACGGUAAAUUAUUAUUUUUGCAAUCAUAUGUUUUGUUGUCUCAAAUCAAAUCAAAUCAAAUCACAAAAUGUAGAUACCAUUGACAGUCAUUUGUUAAAAAUAAAAUAAAAAAGAGACAGUAACCAAUUCAAGUACCAAUACACAGCAUACAAAUUCAAUCAAUAAGUAAAUUAUUGUUCACUGAUGACUUCGUAAAUAAUCAUUUCUAUGAAUGCAAUUCAAAAUGCUUAUCAUGGUUAUGGGACUUUAAGUGCAUAAAUACAUCAAUGGCGUAUCUAUAGUGUAAACUUGCUCCCCUCCCCACUCACAUGCAUGGAUGGCACGAGUGCUCCUCAUUGACCAUAGAGAUAUAUUCUAUGUAUUCAGAACCCCCCCCCUAAUUUGUAAUUACAAGGGUGUCACUUUUUGUGUUCGGGGGGUGGGGUACGAAGUUCAGGCGCACAGGGCAAAUGCCCCCUGCCCCGCGUCCCCGUAGAUACAUCACGGUGUCACAUCUACAUUCAUAUUGAUGAUUUUAAUGUAAAUGCUAUUGUAAAUUUCACAUGGUGCUUUUUAAAAAUGCAAUAUGUUCGAUCACGAACUAUUAUAACUCUGGCUUUCCGUGCUCCAUGAUCAUGAUGAUACUGGAGGGUAGAAAGAGAUAUGGGAGUGACAGCGUGAGUAGCGUACGCAGGAUUUUUUAAGGGGGGGGGGGUGGUCAGGCUGAAUGAAAUGUUGACAACUAACCCCCCCCCCCCCCUAAAGAAAAAAAAGGUCUUCACCACAAAUUUCAGGGUCGAUUCAUAAUCCCAAACAAAUUUGUUUGACAAGCAAUAAAAAAAUAAAGGUCUUCGAAAAUUUUUAGGGGUGUCGAAUUCUUAGGGGGUUUGGGGUGUAACAAAGAAGGGGGGUGUGAACACCUGUAACCCCCCCCCCCCUGCGUACGCUACUGGACAGCGUUGUUAAUAAGGAUGGAGAACCCUGUACUCCUUUGCCCUUUCCACCUUUUCCGCUUUUUUUUAGAGAGAAUAUACGUUGGACAUCCGAUUUGUUUAGCCUACAUUUUAAGCGAACUGGUCACUCGAAAGCAUCAAUGUACAUGGUGUAGAAUGAAUGUUCAUGGAUUUAUCGAAUUUGUGUUCAUGUAGUCACUUCCGAACAUGUAUUAAUCUAGAUUGUCCGGUGCAAAAUAAUAUGAGGAGAUCUCUCAAAUUGAUCGUUAUUAUAUUGACUAUCUAUUUUUCCGAAGUGUUUUGUAACAUAAUAAUACCAGAUAUAAAGGAACAACUGAACUGGCAAUCGUGUAUAAAGUGUAAAAAGAUAUAUGUAAAAAGAAAUGAGUAUCAUAUAAUAGUGCAAUCUUUAUUCAGUAUCGCUGCAAGGAAGCAGGCGUUUAUGAAAAACAUGAUGAAGGCUACGCGUAUUUUUGUAGAACAGAAAAGGAUUUACGAAGAAUGAAUGUUUUAGUGUGUUUAUAUGCCAUUAUUAUCUUAGAAAACGAUUUAUACUUAUGUAAAUAGAAUGAGAGAUGUUUUAAUAUCACUAUGCAAUAUUAUGCUAGAAAUAUAAACUAUUAAACUG